CCGUGAUAUCUUUUCCCUCUCGGCGCCGACGAUUGACUGAGACAAGUGCCGCACCUAUACCAAUCCCCAUCUCCAAUCUCCCGUUCAGAAGCUUCCGAUAUCAUUUUUCCAUGAGAGGGAGAGGGUCAGAGCAGCAGCUGCAGCGCACAAGAAGAAAUCUUUGCCACUGCAUUGCCUCAAUCCGCCGAUUGACUUGACCUGGAGUAGUGCUACGAGUACUAGUAUAUUUCUCUUGUCGUGCGGGGCGUGCUGUGCUGCUUCUCUUGCCGAGGCUGGGUCUUUCCUCCUCUGUACUGCCGAGGCUGCCUGCCUCGCACUCGCCGUCGUCCUCCUCCUCCUCCUCGGGCCUCGCCGUGCACUGGAGGUCUCCGUCCUUGGAUACAGUGAAGAGAGAACAGGGAAAUUCAGCCGACUGCUGAGGAAUGGGGCAAAAGGACUCCAAGCCUUCGUACAACUCCAGUUAUGAUUAUGGGAAUUCAUCGUUGGGGUAUAACCCAAGAUAUUCUGCACCUGCACCCUCCGGUUACAACGCGAGGUAUGCCACUUCUGCGGAUAACAAUGUGCAGCAACCAGAAGCACAAGCCAGGCUGCAGAGGAAGUAUUCCAGGAUUGGUGAUGACUACCGUUCCGUGAAUCAAGUGACUGAAGCAUUGGCACAGGCGGGCCUUGAAUCUUCAAACCUUAUUGUAGGCAUUGAUUUUACGAAAAGUAAUGAAUGGACAGGUAAAAUUUCCUAUAAUCGUCGCUGUCUGCAUGAUAUUGGAAGCACUUCAAACCCAUAUGAGCAAGCCCUAUCUAUUAUUGGAAGGACACUUUCAGCUUUUGAUGAAGACAAUUUAAUUCCCUGCUUUGGAUUUGGUGAUGCAUCAACUCAUGACCAGGAGGUAUUCAGCUUUUAUCCAGAGAACCAACCAUGCAAUGGAUUUGAAGAGGCGUUAGAAAGAUACAGAGAAAUCGUUCCAACUCUUCGAUUAGCUGGACCAACAUCUUUCGCUCCAAUAAUUGAGACAGCAAUUGGGAUUGCGGACAGCACUGGUGGUCAAUAUCAUGUUCUUCUGAUAAUUGCUGACGGACAGGUUACUCGAAGUGUGGAUACACAGUCUGGACAGUUAAGUCCACAGGAGCGGGAUACAAUUGAUGCUAUAGUGAAAGCUAGCCAUUUCCCCUUGUCUAUUGUUCUUGUCGGGGUCGGUGAUGGGCCAUGGGAUAUGAUGCAUAAGUUUGACGAUAACAUACCUGCUCGCUCAUUCGACAAUUUCCAGUUUGUGAAUUUCACGGACAUUAUGUCAAAGAGCAUAGCAGCUGAUAGAAAGGAGGCUGAAUUUGCUUUGUCAGCAUUGAUGGAAAUCCCUACACAGUACAAAGCAACACUUGAUCUCCAACUCUUAGGUCGUCGCCAAGGAAUAACUCCAAGAGUUCCACUACCGCCACCAACAAGGACUGCAUAUUCACGGUCUACUAGCUUUGACCAGCAAUCCGGUGUUUAUUCACGUUCUAGUAGCUUUGGGCAACAAACAAGUGGCUUUCAGCAAUCGGACAGUUUUAAACAGCGGCAGUCUGCAGCUACAAGAAGAUCUGACAGUUAUGCAAGUUCACAGCCUACGCCUACAAGAAUACCUGAUACUUAUGCAUCGGAAACUUCAGAAAGUUCCUCAGAAAACAGAAUUUCAUGCCCCAUUUGUAUGGAUAAAUCAAAGGAUCUUGCAUUUGGUUGUGGACAUCAGACUUGCUAUGACUGCGGGAAAGGUUUGGUGCGCUGUCCCAUUUGCCAGCAGCACAUAACCACAAGGAUCAGGCUGUACUGAUGGAAAAACUGAUGUCCUAAAGCUUCGGAAGCCUAUGGCAUCGCCAAUAUUGGACGAAGCUCAGCGGAGUUUGUUCAGAAUCAGCAUAAAUUCUGUUCGGUAAAGUCUUUUUACUGCAGUGGGUGUCUUCGAUUAAACGGUGAUUGGGAAUUGAACUGUUUCGGUAAAAUCCCUGCUUUCCAAAUGGACCCUUGCUGUCCUUAGACUGUGCACUUAAAAGGAAUGUACAUAGUGCUUCUGUAUUUUCCUCUCUUUCUCUUGUCGUAAAUAAUAUGAACGCUAAAGAAGUUUCAUGAUGAACCUUUGAAGGAACACAUUUGCGUUGUAUAUUAAUCAAAUUCAUUGUUGGGCUCACCUCUUAAAUAUUCAA